CGGAGCCGCCGCCAUUUUGUCUGGGAGUGGAAAUGUGAAAGGAAAAGCCGGAGCGGAGCCUAGGAGACCAAGCGGGGCGCGCGGCGGAGUGAGCCCCUCUCCUCUCCCCCACCCUCGGAGAGCAGUGCGGCCCAGUCGGCCCGGGCCCGGCGAGCAGCUCAGGGAAGGAGGCAGGGGCCUGCGGUACCCUGGCCCCCGGCGCACAGCAGGGGCUGCAGGGGACCUUGAUUCCUAGGCUGCGGGCGCUCCCAGGGCGGGCUGGUUCCCGGCGGGUGUCAGUCCCGUCUCUCCCCUUGGGCGCGGUGCGGGGCAGGCCGGGCGGACCCCAGGCUGGUGAGGGGGGCCGGCGGAGCGGAAGAUGUCGGGCCAGUCGAUCACCGACCGCAUCGCGGCCGCCCAGCACAGUGUCACCGGGUCAGCCAUCUCCAAAGCCGUCUGCAAGGCGACGACCCACGAAGUCAUGGGGCCGAAGAAGAAGCACCUGGACUAUCUAAUCCAGUGCACAAAUGAGAUGAAUGUGAAUAUUCCACAGCUGGCAGAUACACUCUUUGAGAGGACUGUUAACAGUAGCUGGGUUGUAGUGUUCAAAGCUCUAAUUACAACACACCACCUCAUGAUGUAUGGAAAUGAGCGCUUUAUCCAGUAUCUUGCAUCCCGAAAUACAUUGUUCAAUCUAAACAACUACCUGGACAAAAGUGCCAUGCAGGGUUAUGAUAUGUCUACCUUCAUUAGGCGAUAUAGCAAAUACUUGAAUGAAAAAGCACUUUCUUACAGACUUGUAGCAGUUGACUUCACCAAAAUGAAAAGAGGGAUAGAUGGAGUGAUGAGAACUAUGAAUACUGAAAAGCUUCUGAAAACCCUUCCAAUUAUUCAGAACCAGCUUGAUGCGCUCCUUGAUUUUGAUGCAAAUCCAAAUGAAUUAACCAAUGGUGUAAUAAACGCUGCCUUCAUGCUUCUCUUUAAAGAUUCCAUUAGGCUUUUUGCAGCCUAUAAUGAAGGGGUUAUUAACCUAUUAGAAAAGUAUUUUGAUAUGAAGAAGACCCAGUGCAAAGAAGGUUUGGAUAUUUACAAAAAGUUCCUAGCCAGGAUGACCAAACUGUCAGAAUUCCUCAAAGUAGCAGAGCAAGUUGGAAUUGAUCAGGGUGACAUUCCAGAUCUUACUCAGGCACCCAGCAGCUUGCUUGAAGCAUUGGAACAGCAUUUGGCUUCUCUAGAGGGGAAAAAAACGAAAGAAGUCUCAGCUGCCAGCAGAGCGAGCACCCUAUCCAGUGCUGUUUCCACACUUGCCAACACAGGAAUGUCAUUUAGCAAAAUGGAUGAGAGAGAGAAACAGCAAGCUUUGGAGGAAGAACAAGCUAGACUGCAAGCGCUUAAGGAGCAGCGGUUAAAAGAGAUUUCUGUAGUAUCAAAUUCCACUUCUACAUCAGCAUCUCCAAGCACCUUAUCAGGGAAAAGUGUGAAUACCACUACAGCUGUUGACCUCUUCGCAGCACCAGCACCAACAACCAGUAGCAUGCCUAACCUUUCCAGUGAUCUCUUUGAUCUUCAGCCAGCAUUUGUUCCAACUGUACAGAGUACUCCAGCUAUAGCAACAUCAGCAAGCAGUGCAUGGGGGGGAGGUCCUUUCUCAUCCUCAAAUGGUUGUGUUGGUUCUCCAUCCCAUCUGGACAUCUUUGACAUGAAGCCAGUUGAAGAAGCUGUAAAAUCUACUGUCCCUUUCGUCUCUUCCACCUUUACCUCCAAACAAACAGUGGAACAGUUUAGUGGAUUUCCUCUUCAUUCAGCUCCUCAGAGCACGACCUCUUCCAUAAUUAAUGUGGAUUUUGAUGCUGUAUUUGGAGGAAAGUCAACGGCACAUGAGUACAGGACCACAAGUGAGGAUGUAUUACAACCAACAGUACCGACACAAUGUCAGAGAACCGUUCUAAUCAAUCAGCAGAGUGGAAAAAUUUUAGCAAAUGACCUUGAUUCAUCACUUGCCAACUUGGUAGGAAAUCUUGGCUUUGGAGGAACCCCUUCCAAAAAGUCAGACAUGCAGUGGAAUCAGCCAACAGAGAAGAAACUUACUGGUGGAACAAACUGGCAGGCAAAAACAAGCACAUCAACUACAUGGAAUACUGCCCCCAUUCCUCCUGCUCCACAUAUGAAUGGAGUACAUUAUCCUGGAUAUGUACCUGCUCCAAUGACGUACCCAGUGACUACACCUCAAGUGCCUGUGUAUGGAAUGGUACCUCCUCAGAUUGGUGCUGCUCCUUUAACGGCACCCCAGCCAAUGAUUUAUACACAGCCAGGUCUCAGGCCAACGAAUCCCUUUGCGCCUGUCCCUGGACCACAGAUACAGUUUAUGUAGAGCAGCCAAAGCAGCGAGAUACAUUGACGACCAAAUAAUGGUAAAAAGAAGAGAUGGCAAAUUCAGUGUUCUCACAGUGCAGUCUUCAGCAGGGCAUCCACUUACAACUCCCUGUGUAACAUAAAAUUACUUUGAAUUGCAAUGCUUUAGAGGUUCUUGUUUAUAACAGUCACUAUGGUAUGGAAUCAUGUUUGUUCACUGGUUUUAGAUUGCAAGACUAGCUUCAGUAGAAAAUCAAAAUCUUUGAAGCUAAAGGUCAGUUUAGAAAAUUUGAGAAGAAUCUGACUUUUUUAAGGACUUAUACCUUCUGAAGAGGGGCUUACUUACUUAAUUGCUUUGCAACUUUAUUCAUCAACAGAUGGCCUAUAGAAAGUUGACUGAGGGCAUGAUAUUUCUAUUUAUUAUUUUCUCCCUGAACUGUGUGGCUGUUGUAAUCAAGGCACAACUCAAAUGAAGUUGAGCAAUAAAACUUUCAUAUGCUCUAAUAAAGUACUCUGAUAGAGUAAUGCUUGUAUUAUCAUAUAAAGCCAAUAUUGUGUGAAAUCAGACAGCUUUCUCAUUAGAAUAGCUUCUUAUAAUUCACAAAUUUUAUACUGUGAGUUUUAAAUGCUGUGAAUCAACUAACUAUAUAUAAAAACAAUUAAUGGAAAACUGAUCCAUUGGCAUUAUGGCAGUGCGUUAUAUUGCCAACUGAGAGAUUCAGACUUUGGCAUAGGCUUGAGAUCUGUCUCCAAGCAGGAGAAGAUAGUAGUAAUGUUACAGAAUAGCAUGUGCAGCUUCCAAACAGAUAGUGAUAGCUGCACUUCCUUACAGUAUCUUUUGUGCAGAUAGCAGCAUCGUUCUUAGCUCUAGCAGGAGUUGCCUUUAUGUCACAGUAAAACUGCAGACACAUCCAGCAGCAGCAAAUUGGAGGGAUUAGCAAAUCUUGUUGCUGGCCACUAAAGAGGAGAAAUGUCCACAUUUCAGUAGUUUGGCAGUUAAA